AUGGCCCAACAAGAAUUUGAUUUUUCUGUAAUCGACAUAAACCUAGAAGAUGGUUCAGCCAAUGCUAGCAGCGUUGGCUGCUACAUCAGCCUAGAUGGCCAGGAGAUAGACUGCAUCCAAUUCGGAGAUACAGACCAUAGGUUGGUCCUUGGAUUAGAAAAAUCAGGAGCUAUUCUUAGAGCCACUGUUAAAUCUCUUGUGAAUGAAGCCACAUUAGGCUCAAUUUCAUUCGCAAGUGAGUCCUUUUACAAGAAUGCCACUAAAUCUACUAAAGAGAUCUGGGUUACUCUCUUCGAUCACGAAGAUGACGACCUCUACGAUGGGAAUUUCAAGCAAGAUGAUACUGAAAAACCAAGAAUAUUAGUAUCUUUGACAAAGGGUGACUCCCCGACAAUAAGGAAGCAAGGAGCAACCAAGACUACUACCACAAGAGUCUGCCCUAAGAAGAUAGAGGUGAGAACUCCUAUCGAAACUUCAAGUGUCUACUCUGGAACAGUGACCUACACUCUUGAGUCCUUCAUAACUGAGCUCAGAAAUCUCACAAAGGAAGGAAUCGAAACUUUAAGAUCAGAGAUUGAUGAUAUCAACUUUGAGAAUAACGAAAAAGUCACCAUCUUGGCUAACCUUGAGGUCCUUCAUAAAGAGCUCCAAGGAGAACAUGUCGAAGAUCUAAAAUUUACAGAAUCCUUAGAAGCAGUCAAAGACCAAAUUGAAAAAGAUUUUAGUAAACAGAAGGAAGACUUAGACGAUGAACUUAAAGCUUUACUUACAAAGAUCACUAAAAUUAUGGAAGACAUGAAGCAGCUUGAAGAGGCAAAAGAAGAGGCUACAAAUGAGAAUCAGAGACUCAAGAAAAUUGUUGAUACACCUGAAGAUCCCAAAGAAAGUGGAUUGACUCAGCAAGCUGUUGAUCUCAGACAAGAAGACUCUAAAUUGAAAGAUCUUUCUGAUCAACUGACAACAGAAUUCACCACAACCAAGGAUGGAAGGAACGAAUACAUCCAACAGCAUAGUGACUUAGCAGAAGAGCUUGAAAGCACAAUUCAGAAGUUUCAUGACCAACUACGCAUACUAACAAGUGAUGUUAAAAUCUUAUCUAAUGAAUCUGAUAAGUUGAAGCAAGAAGAAGGCUCUCUUAUCAAACAAGAUAGUAUUUUAAAGCGAAGACUUCCUCUGACUAAAUUUGACCUAAAAUCUUUCAGAAGAGAAUACGAUAGGAUUAAAAUUGAAUACUCAGAUUCUGACGCUGAGUUCAUAAGGUAUAUAUCCGAACUAAGGAAAAAUAUCGAAGCCCAAAAGUCCAUUAUUGAUGGUUUAUUAAAGGAAAUAGCUAGAAAGACAAACGAAAGUUCAGAUUUUAAUAACAAAUCUCAAAGACAGAAGAGCCAAAUAGCUCAUCUCCAAGAGGAACUUGACAAGAUUGCUCAAAUAAAAUACGAGGAAAACUACACCAAACUUAGUGGAGAACUCAGAAAAGCAGAGGAGCAAAGGAAGGCCCACCAGGAUGCUCUUGAGAAUGCUCAAGGCUGUCUCUCCACCAAGCUCCAACUGUUUUCUGAAGAACUUGAUGCUAGGAAGGCGCAUAGAAUUGAACAAGAAGGCAAGAUUGAUGAAGUCUUCCAGAAUUUAGAAGCCAUCACAACUGAGAUCAACAACUUGUUGAAAGAAAUUGAGGUUAUUGAGACAAGAGUAUUCACUGAUGGCAACAGAAAUAGGCUAAAUGACAAACUCUCUGAAGAAAGAGAGUCUCUUGACAACAAACUUCAGUUCUAUUUUGAUGAAAAGAACAAACUUCUCUCAGAACUAAAAGAAGCACUUGCUGAUUUUGAUCAGAGACAGGAUAAGGUCACUGAACAAGAGAGGCUCAUCGCCUCUCUUCAGAGUGACAUCAAGCAGAUCAAAGUUCUUAUCGAGGAGAAGAAGGAAAUUAUCAUCCAACUAGAGCAAGAAAUUCAUAUUUCAAAUGAAAGAAUUGAAGAACUUCAGAAAAAUAUUGACGAUAGGGACAAAGAGAUAGAAGACAUGCUCAGAAUGUUGGCUCAUAAAGAUGCCAGGAUCGAGGAACUCACUGCUUUCUUAGGAGACUCCCCACCUCCACCGAAGCAGAUCUCCUAUAAAGCUAAGAAAGGAGAUGAAGUUGAUGAGCUCCUUGCACAAUAUAUCCAGGAUUGUCCAGUCCCAGUCAAAAGACUUGGAAGAGGGUUCUACCUCUUUGGUACCAAAAAGAUCUAUGCUAAGAUAAUGAACUGAAAACUUGUUAUCAGAGUUGGAGGCGGGUACAUGAUAAUCCAGAAGUUUAUUGAAACCUAUGCAGAUCAAGAGUUAGUUAAAAUCAAAUUAAUCCUUGAAAGAGAAGGUUUCACUUCAUUAGACGAACUUGAUCUAGAAAAAUAUUGCCUAAACAAAGGUAAGACAGCAUAUGGCAAUGUGCCAGGAGAAAAAUCUCCAGGAUCCUCUAGCCCAGGAUCUCACGGAGGUAGUUUCAAAAAGAGCUUUAGCAGUGCAGUAUCUAAAACCACUACCAGGUCAAAAACAGUUAAAACAGUGUCUACCACAAAAGUAGCUUAUCAGAACUAA